AACACUUCCAAUUUUUCCGUUGCUUUUACGGUCAAGACCGCCAGUUGUCGGAUCACCACUGAGCGGCUGGUGAUGGAGGCACUCUAUCUCCUAUGCUCGAUCAUGUCUACGUCUCUCACGUCCCUCCUUCUCUCCCUCCUACUCCCCCUCCGCUUACUCUUCCGCCGCCUUUCCACUCAGUCCGCCGUGUGCGGCGGAGAAGAGGCAGUUUCCCUGUACCAAGGCGCCGUCUGGCACGAGCGCCGCCGCCCCCUCCACCAUUCUUUCCGCUACGCCGUCCGUUACGCCCUAAUUGACCUCGACCACGCGCCCCGGGCGCCGCCCGAUCAUCUAUCCGCCGACCAAGCUCGCUCCGCCGCCGAAACCAACGGUCCUGUUUUCCUUUUGACGAUCCCUCCUAGUGUUGGAUAUGAACAAAAUCCAUUGAGUUUGUACUAUUGCUACGAUGUUGAAGGCUCAACCUGUAAUUUAAGGAAAUGCAUAGCUGAGGUCACUAAUACACCAUGGGGUGAAAGAGUAUCAUUUUUGUUCAAUCCAAACUCUGAUUUAGUUGCAAAACCACUUCAUGUCAGUCCAUUCAUGGAUAUGCUUGGAAAUUGGAGCAUCAGAACAAAGGCACCUGGGGAUAGUAUUUUUGUAGCAAUUUCAGUUCAACAUCCCAAUCUCGGUGACUAUUUUACAGCUACAUUAAGAGCAAAAAGAAUCUCAUUACUGGAAAAUGAUUAUGCACUGUUCUUCUGGUUAAUGCCCCAUAAAGUUGCAUUGUGGAUAUACUGGCAUGCUCUCAAGCUCUGGUGGAAAGGUGUGCCAUUCAUCCAACAUCCACGGUAUUCUAACCCAGAAUACAGGCAUGAAGCUUUAAUACGUGACAGCAAACUUACAUGUCCUCAGGGAAUACAUAAUGAUCUACCACAUGAAGGAAGUGGAUCUGAUUCUGUGAAGGGCAUGAAUGGGAGGAAUCGUUGCUUCACAUGGAGGGAUGCUAAGUGGCCCUGGUGCUGAGUACAAGCACUCAUUCUCGUCAACCAUCCUUCCAGUUGGUAUGACGUGGGACAAGUUGGGGGUCCAUAAGGGUGUUUUUCGCCCUGACAACGUAGAGAGCUCAGAGCUUUUGGAUGACCCAUUUCUAUUUACUCUAUCAGACAAAUAUAAUAUGCUUUGAAACGCCUUCUUUUUCUGUUUGGGCUGUUACCCGUCUACCUUGUGUGGAUUGAUAUGCAAACUUAUAUUGUCUUUUUUUUUUUCUUGGUUAGGUAAACAUCAUAUUGUCUUUAUUUCCACUGGCUUUAAUAGUUUGUUUUGAUCUGUCUAAUGUUUGGUUAUUGCUUUUCCAUAUUCUGUCUCUCAUUGAGGUUUCCAUUUUAUUUGGACUGAAUUAAAUUUGGCUUAUUUCUUAGUCAUUGCAUGCGAACUACUACUGAACAAACUUGAUAUUUAUUUGAGCUGACCCAAUUUAAUGGGAUUAAGUCUUGAUAUUUUUAUUCAAUAUUUAUUUUUUUUAUUUGAAUUACUCAACAAACCAUUCAGCUUUCUCCAUUUGUAAUUUUUCUUCCUCAAAAACCUAGUUCGUGAGUUUUCUUUUGGCGAGUUGGGGAUGUCAUUUCAUUUCGAAUUUCAUUUUUUUGCAAUUUUCUCAAGUUGUUUGGAUUAUCAUAGUGAUUAUGAUUGUUACAAUUUGUAUG